AUGGUCGGAUGGAAGGAGACAGGGAUCUAUGCCUUUCGGCCUGGCAAGGUGGUUCGGUAUCUAACACCUCCGCCUUCUACCCCUUUACGAACUGCCGGAAUUACUCCAGUACCUAGUCUUGCAAGCGACACUAGGGCGCUUUUAAGUGAAUUCCCCAUUCUCCAUACACCCAGCAAGCGACGUCUCAUAGACAGUCUGAACGGCAUCAUCACCAUGACGGAGGAGACUCAGGCUCGGAACAUCAUUCUUGAAAACGAACUCAAAGAAAUCCAGCAAGGAAGGAUUAAUGCCAAGCAGCCACGAAAAGGGGCCAAUGUUGCAUCGAUGGGUACACACAUAUUCACCACCCACGAGUCCCUUGGACAGCUGGUCGGUCUAGAAUGGGGAAGGAUGUACGGCAGGAAAGGCAAAGGAAGAGAGGCUGCAGCGCAGACAGACACAGAGGGGGGCCGUGGAGAAGACAUUCCCGAAAUUGGCGAGGAGAGUCCAUAUGUUAGCCCAGUAGCUGACGAGGACGAGAAUCCCUUUCUGUAA